AGAGAGAGACUGCAUGGAGUGCAGGAUCAGUCUAUUGGCGCUCAAAUGGGUUAUUGCGCACACGGCGGGCUGAACUAUAGCGGCCACUCCAACUACGACCCAAGUGUGAGGGCGUCUUGUUUCCCCGCGGUAGACCCACCCCCACACGCACACACUCAGGGGGGCAUGCACCGCUGCACAAAACUUGCGUAUUUGAUUUUAGGUUGUCUAAAUUGAAGACAUAAGUGAUGCUCGGUAUGUGGAUCGAGUCUGAGGCUGCAUGAACAACGAUUUUUUGCCAUCAGAGAGCAGUUUAAUGUGCUCUUUAUUCCAGGAGGAUUACACCUUUCCUCAGUAACGAUGGGUUCUGUGAUGUUGGACUGGAGAAUAUCAUGUCUUCUUCUGCAGGCAGCUGUUCUGCUGCUGCUCAGCAAGGGGGAGAGGAUGUGCCCUGCGAGUUGUCGCUGUGAAGGAAAGAUUGUUUAUUGCGAGUCGGGAAUCUUCCAAGCCAUCCCAGAAAACAUCACCACGGGGUGCCAAGGUCUGUCUCUGCGCUACAACAGCCUGCUGGUUCUGUUGCCGUACCAGUUCGCUCACCUUAAUCAGCUUAUCUGGCUUUAUUUGGACCACAAUUCCAUCAGAGAUAUAGACGCUUUAGCUUUUCAUGGUGUGCGCAGGCUCAAAGAACUCAUCCUCAGCUCCAACAAAAUAACUCAUCUGCACAACAACACAUUCAGCGCCAUACCAAACCUGCGGAAUCUGGACUUAUCCUACAAUCAGCUGCAGUCUUUGCAGCCAGGGCAUUUUUAUGGUCUGCGUAAGCUACAAAAUCUCCACCUUCGAUCUAAUGGCCUGAAACAGAUCAUCAUCCGUACGUUUCUGGAAUGCCGCAGCCUGGAGUUUCUGGACUUGGGUUACAAUCGCUUGCGGAGCCUCACCCGCACAACCUUCUUAGGGCUGUUCAAGUUGAAAGAACUUCAUUUAGAGCACAAUCAAUUUUCCAGGAUUAAUUUCUUCAUUUUCCCGCGCCUUACAAACCUCCAGGCUCUUUAUUUGCAAUGGAACCGCAUACGAUCCAUCAAUCAAGGCGUGCCUUGGACCUGGCACAAACUACAGAAAUUGGACCUGUCAGGAAAUGAAAUCCAGAUCUUGGACCCGGCGGUUUUCCAGUGUAUGCCAAACUUACAAAUACUCAAUCUCGAAUCGAACAAGCUCAAUAGCGUGCCUGUGAAAGCCGUGGCAGCAUGGACCUCGCUAACCACCGUUAGCCUUGCAGGUAACGCGUGGGACUGCAGCCCCAGCAUCUGCCCGCUCAUGGGAUGGCUCCGAGGCUUCAAAGACUCCAAAGACAUCAGCAUGAUAUGCAGCAGCCCAAAGUCUGUGCAGGGCGAACGAGUCGUGGAUGUAGUGAUGAAUCACUCGACGUGUGUGGAUGUGUCAAAGGAUUUCUCAACCACCGCUCUCAUCGUUCUGACUCCCACCCAAGUUGUAAACAACGCAACCUACCUCUUUCCCUCUGGUGUUACAUACCCUGGGACUGAGUCACCUGUACAGAGGGUAACCUCUUGGCUUGUCCGUCCAAAUGGGACAAACAGGAAGACAACAGGGCCCACAAACAUGAGCUCCACAUCGCCCAUCUCCCCUGAACCCCCUACAUCGUUUAUCCCAGAGCUACAGUUUGAACAUAUGGCUUUCCAUAAAAUCAUUGCAGGCAGCGUAGCCCUGUUCCUGUCAGUGGCAUUGAUCCUCCUGGUUAUUUAUGUGUCCUGGAGGCGCUACCCCAACACCAUGAGGCAGCUGCAGCAGCACUCAGUCAACCAUAAGCGCAGGAAAAAGGCUCGCAAGCAGGAACAGGACCUUAACUCUCAGUUGCAAGAGUACUACCUUAGCUACCACUCAAACUCCGAGACAAUGGACUCUUUGGUAAACGAGACAAGGCCGUGCACAUGCACUAUUUCAGGAUCCAUCGAAUGUGAGGUGUGAGGUGGCAAUUCCACCUUAUGGGACUCAAAGUACAAUUGCUUAGCAGAGGUAAAUGGUUUUUCCACAAGAUAAAGUGUUUCUUUCUCCAUUGUGAGAUGAUAGAUUCUGCAGCACUGAAGGAAAUACUUGGGGGCACAGUACAAUACCACGAUGUGCACAGAGGCAAAGACUACAAUGGAGAGAUAUAUUUGGAGCUAAUUGUCACUCUGACUGACACCUGAACAGUUGCGGGGUCAGCCAGGUUAGCUGUGUACCAUCUGUAGUAACGCCUGAACCUCUGCUGCAGUAGAUGUCCGCUCUGUAGAGAGACUGACCUUAUUCUUAGUCAAACUAUGUUGCCAUAGAACAUUCAAACCAACAAAGCCACUUUUUAUUUGCUAGUAUUGAUUUUUCUUAUAUGGCUUGUGAAACAUUUGGGAUGUAUGUGUGCAUUUCCGAGUGUGUAUGUGUGUGUGUUAGGGAGAUGAUCUGACUCUCUCCUGGUUUACCGACUUCUGGUUGGAAGAGUUACAGUGUUGCAUCUUAUUCUCAUAAAAUACUAGGGAUGUAACAAUGCAUCGUGAACCAGUAACAAAUCGAUAUACAGUAUAUGUGUAAUGAUUACAACCGUUUUUGUUUUUUUUAUGAAACGCAAUGCAAUGUUUGAACAGCCUAGGGCAAAACCUCCUCUUGACUUCACUUGUUUGACUUUAGAGUUCAGUAAUUCUUCUUAGUUAAUUUAUUUGAAGAUUUUUAUAGAAAAAACACAUUAAUAAUUCCGUAUUUCAAUUUUUUUUAUUUAAGAUAAAAUACAAUUUCAGUUUUGCACUUUUGAUAAGAGUACACGUCUGUUUUUUUGCACAUUUUUAUAUAAAUAAAGGAAUAUUUUCCAGUCAUUUGUCCGCGGCUCAUUCUGUUGAAAAAAAGAAUUUGAGAAAAUCGUAUUGUGAACUUAGGGUCGUCAUCGUAUCGAAUUGUGAGUUGAGUGUAUCGUUACAUCCCUACAAGAUACUAUGUCUCCAGUCAAACUGUUCUGCAUUUGAUGUUGCAGAAACUAGAAGUAACACGACCAAACAAAGUGGGGGAGCAAUCGCCCUGAGAUCUUUUGCAUGAACGAAUUUUCUUUCUUCAAGAUGCUCCUCUCUCUUAUUACAUGAUCAGUUCCAAUUGAUUGAUAAAGUUAAAUUUGGGUCAAUUGUGUUACAUGCCAAUCAAACUAACUAUAUUUAGGUCUAAUCUCAGGACUGAUGUUUACCAAGCUGUAAAAAUCUGUCGACUCCAGUGAAGGCCUGGUGUGUCAAACGUAAUGGUGUUCAUUUUCAUAAACAUUUUUGUAUUGAUUAUUCCUAUCAUUCUGAUGAUGCAUUGAUUGUGUAAAGACAUAACAAUAUGGUAAUUAGGCAUUCUAUGUGAAGAUGACUGUAUAAUUAAAAGAAACACUUGACAAUUGAUAAAACAUUGUGGUCGAUGAGAAUAUUGACAGAGUGAAAAGAAAUCCUUUCUCUAAAACCAUGCAUUGUGCUCUUGAUGUCAUACAACUCAUUGGAUUUGCUGUGGCAUGCGAGGGGAGCUGACAUAUUUUCCAUCAUGUAUCUUGUUUUCUGGCUCUCUUCUCUUCUCUCCUAUCCUUGCACACCAGUAUUGACAACAGUAUUGAUUGUAUCACCUCAAACUCAGCGUACAGGGGGCUGAGCUGUUUUGUACUCUCGUUUUUUUUCCGUAAACAGGUUUGCUUUUAGUGCAAGUGGUGCCCAAGAAGGCAAUACCUUUUUUGUGCUUGUACAUGAGACAAAAAAGAUAUUCCAGUCACUGGCACAAAAAAACAGAUUAAGAAUCUGUCUUUUAUAUAACCAUGUAUUCUCUGUCGGUUGGAAAUAUUCCUCCAGUGCUGUGAGAGGAAAUGGAGAAUAGAGACAGGCUACUGAGAGGCAGUGGGUGUUACGGGUCAAGGUAGUUCUGCCAUUAAGGAUAUGUCACCCACUUUUGUCAUCUACCUGUGCCUUGCUAUUCUCUUUGCCUUGUUACUCCCUGUUUUCCUGCUUGCUGAAUGUCAGUAGAGAAAAUUAACCUGCACCAGGGGACAUAUGUGCAUGUGCCAAAACAGAAAGGAUUAGACACUACUGGUGCAACCCUGUAAGAGCUAUCAAAAAGGUGUUUUUUCCCUGUGUGAGACUAGAAAUAAUCAUCUAUGGCAGGGGUCUUCAAUGUUUUCUAAGCC